ACUAGCCGCUGCCACCGCCGGGUCUCAGUGGGUAUCUGCGCCCUUUCCUCGCCCGCCCGCCCCGGGGCGUCCCCAAGCUCUCUCCACCCGCCGCGGGUGCGGUGACGCCCAUGGCCCAGCUGGGGAGCAGAUCUAGGGCGCCGGACCUGCUGCACGGCGGCGCGGCUCAGUGAUUGGCGUCUGCGACACCCAUGUGCCACUGAUCGGGAAGGCCUUGCCCGCUGCAGCGCUCCAUGACCCCGCCGUGCGCGGCCCAGUGAAGCCACCGUGGUGUCCAGCAUGGCCGCGCUGCUCCUGGGCGCGGUGCUGCUGGUGGCCCAGCCCCAGCUAGUGCCUUCCCGCCCCACCGCCGCCCCCAGGGCCGAGCCGGGCCAGCAAGAGCUUCUGCACGAAGUGGGGAGCCCCGAGGAGGACAUCCGAGCGGGCGCGGCCCCGAACGGCUCUGCCCAGCAGCUGCCGCAGACCAUCAUCAUCGGCGUGCGCAAGGGCGGCACCCGCGCGCUGCUGGAGAUGCUCAGCCUGCACCCCGACGUGGCGGCCGCCGAGAACGAGGUGCACUUCUUCGACUGGGAGGAGCAUUACCGCCAAGGCCUGGCCUGGUACCGCAGCCAGAUGCCCUUCUCCUCCCCGCACCAGCUCACGGUGGAAAAGACCCCCGCCUACUUCACGUCGCCCAAAGUGCCUGAGAGGGUCCACGCCAUGAACCCGGCCAUCCGGCUGCUGCUCAUCCUGCGGGACCCGUCGGAGCGCGUGCUGUCCGACUACACCCAAGUGUUGUACAACCACGUGCAGAAGCGCAAGCCCUACCCGUCCAUCGAGGAGUUCCUGGUGCGCGACGGCAGGCUCAACGUGGACUACAAGGCGCUCAACCGCAGCCUCUACCACCUGCACCUGCACAACUGGCUGCGCCGCUUCCCGCUGCGCCGCAUCCACAUCGUGGACGGCGACCGCCUCAUCAGGGACCCUUUCCCCGAGAUCCAGAAGGUCGAGCGGUUCCUGAAGCUGUCGCCGCAGAUCAACGCCUCCAACUUCUACUUUAACAAAACCAAGGGCUUUUACUGCCUGCGGGACGGCGGCCGGGACCGCUGCUUGCACGAGUCCAAAGGCCGGGCGCACCCCCACGUCGAUCCCAAACUACUCAGUAAACUACACGAAUAUUUUCACGAGCCAAAUAAGAAGUUCUUCGAGCUCGUCGGCAGGACAUUUGACUGGCACUGAUGUGCAAUCAGCUAGGCUCGGAACCUUUCCUGUUGUAAGUCCUGGUGUACAUCUAGAGGGAGAGAAAAAAAAAAAAAAAGAAUUUUAAAAGGGCAUUGAAGCUAUAAUUUAUUUGUAAAAUCCAUAAAUUACUUCUGUACAGUAUUAGAUUCACAAUUGCCAUAUAUACUAGUUAUAUUUUUCUACUUGUUAAA